AUGGAAGCCAACUACCCCAAGUACGUCCUCUAUGGCCUCCUCAUCGUCGGCUCAUGGCUGCUCUCCUGCCUCCUCCAUUUCCAGGUCUUCCACCUCUCGCUCUUCCCCUACCCCUCCUCGCUGCUCGUGUCGCGGCGUGUCGUUCUCCCGCCGGCGCUCGACGCCAGCUUCCUUCCUCCUCCGCCUGACGGCGGUGGCGGCGACGGCGUCGAGAGGAGGCGGUCGUCGUCGUCGGCGAGGGCGGAGGCGACGUGCGAUGGACGGUAUGUGUAUGUGCUGGAGGUGCCGCCGCGGUUUCAGAUGCUUAGCGAGUGCGUCGAGGGGUCGCCGGUGUUUGAGGAGCCGUAUCACGUGUGCGUCCUCAUGGCGAACUCCGGCCUCGGCCCAGUCAUCCCUCCCGCGGCCGGCAAUGGCAGCGUCGACGGGGAUAUCAUUCCCAGCACCGGAUGGUACAACACGGACCAGUACGCAUUGGAGGUGAUCUUCCACCACCGGAUGCGGCAGUAUGAGUGCCUUACCGGCGACCUCGCGGCGGCGACGGCGGUGUACGUGGCCUUCUACCCGGCCUUGGAGCUGAACCGGCACAAGUGCGGGUCGAGCGCCACGGAGCGGAACGAGGCGUCCAGGGAAUUCCUCCGGUGGCUGUCCUCGCAGCCGUCGUGGGCGGCGCUCGGCGGGCGUGACCACUUCAUGGUCACCGCGCGGACGACGUGGAUGUUCCGGCGAGACGAGGCCGGCGACGCCCUCGGCUGCGGCAACGGCUUCCUCGCCCAGCCGGAGUCCGGCAACAUGACGGUGCUCACCUACGAGUCCAACAUCUGGGACCGCCACGACUUCGCCGUGCCGUACCCGAGCUACUUCCACCCGUCGUCGGCCGGCGAGGUGGCGGCGUGGCAGGACACCGUGCGCGCCAACCGCCGCCCCUGGCUUUUCGCGUUCGCCGGAGGGCGGCGCGCCAACGGGACGCUGCCCAUCCGCGACCACAUCAUCGACGAGUGCACCGCCUCGCCGCCGGGCCGGUGCGGGAUGCUCGACUGCAGCCACGGCCUCGAGGGCAGUAUCACGUGCCGCUCGCCGCGCCGCCUCGUCGCCCUCUUCGCCUCCGCCCGCUUCUGCCUCCAGCCUCCCGGCGACUCCUUCAUGCGCCGCUCCUCCAUCGACACCGUCCUCGCCGGCUGCAUCCCGGUCUUCUUCCACGAGGCCUCCACCUUCAAGAAGCAGUACCGCUGGCACGAACGCGACGACGACACCACCACCACCACCGAUGCCGACCGCCGGCGAUACUCCGUCGUCAUCGACCCGGACGACGUGGUGGAAGGCAGAGUACGCAUCGAGGAGGUGCUGAGCAGGUUCACCGACGACGAGGUGGCCGCCAUGAGGGAGGAGGUGAUCAAGAUGAUCCCUAGGUUCGUGUACAAGGACCCUAGGGUGAGGUUUGAGGGCGACAUGAGAGAUGCCUUCGAUAUCACCUUCGACGAGAUCAUGGGGAGGAUGAGGAGGAUCAAGAAAGGUGAAAUCUUGGGAUGGAAACAAGAUGGAGACGACGAUGUGAUCACCAAAGAUUCAUGA